AUGGCGGCGUCGGCGGCGACAAUGAAAGGUUAUGGCGGGCGCCGCCGGAACCUCUGCAUCGGGCGGGAAUUUUCGUGUCCAUGGGGAUUUUCUUGGAACUGCUGGAAUAUCCAGAGCUCUUCCCUCUCCCAACCCUCCCUUCCCUCUUCCAGGCUGUUAACAGAGCUGGAAUCUCCUUCCUGGUGGCCCUUCAGCACCAAACUCUGGAAAACCCCUCUGGAAGCAAAGCCCAAGGAAACCCCUGCCGCUCCAGAUGCCAAAAACCAGGAAGGAAUCCUGCUGCGAAUCCCCGUGAUUAUCACCCACAGGACAGAUUCCAACGCCAAACCCGGCAAACUCACGGUGCUUCCCUCCGGCCUGGAAAUCAAGGAUUGCAAUUCCCAGCUCCUGCACCGCUUCGAAUCCCGGGAUGUGGAUGACAUCCGGGUGCACACUCCCUACGAGAUCAGCAUCCGGCAGAGGUUCAUCGGCAAGCCCGACACUUCCUACCGGCUCCUGGCGGCGCGCAUGCCGGAGGUCAUUCCCAUCCUGGAGAUGCAGUUCAGCAAGAAAAUCCAAUUUUUGGAGGAUGCUCUUGGAUUUGCUGGAGCCAGGAAGUCCCCUCAGGCGGAUUUGGGAACGUCCAUCUGGCAGGCAGCCACGGGAUUCCUGGGAGCCGCGGUGAAUCCCGGAUUGCCGGCGGGAAGCGCCGAAGGGACGGACAAGGAGCAGGUGCAGCUGCAGAAAGUAUCCCAGGAGGAAGCCAAGGAGCUCCGACAGAUCCUGAGGAAGCUCAAGGGCCUGGCCCUGGAGACGGAAGCGGAGCUGGAGAGGCAGGACGAGGCCCUGGAUUCCAUCGGCAGCGCCGUGGAUCGCGCCACGCUCAACAUCGAUCGGCAGAACCGCAGGAUGAGGAAGCUGACGUAACUUCCCGGCGGGAACGGGAACGCCGGGAAGAGCAGCAGGGUGGGGAGCCGGGAUUUUCAGGACUGGUUUUUCCACAGACACUUUGGGAGGGGUUUGGGAUGAGGUUUGGAAAAUGGCGCUGCUGGGGGUGAGUUCCUGGGAGGAUUGAAACGAUUCCUGGACUUGGACAAGGUUUGGAUCUUGGACGGCGGUUGGAUCUUGGAUCAUGAUUGGAUCUUGGAUGAGGUUUGCAUGUUGGAUGAUGGUUGGAUCUUGGAUGAGGUUUGGAUCUUGGAUCACGGUUGGACCUUGGACAGUGUUUGGAUUUUGGAUGAUGUUUGGAUCUGGGAUGGCAGUUGGAUGUUGGGUGAGCUUUGGAUCUUGGAUGAGGUUUGGAUGUUGAAUGAUGGUUGGAUCUUGGAUCACAUUUGGAUCUUGGAUGUGGGUUGGAUCUUAGAUCAUGGUUGGACCUUGGAUGAGGUUUGGACCUUGGAUGAGGUUUGGAUCUGGGACAGUGUUUGGAUUUUGGAUGAGGUUUGGAUCUUGGAUGAGGUUUGAAAGCUUUUUUUGGGUGGAAAGAUCCAAGUUUCCAGUUGGGAUGAAACAGACCUCGUGGAUUCUCCACUGCCAAACCCUGUAAAUAGGAAGGGAUGUGACAAAACCUGACUUCAUUAAUUAAUUUAUUAAUUCAUUAAUGUGCUUUUUCAUUUUGCUGCUUUCCAGCCCAUGAAUUCCCUCUCCAUCUCUUUCCCUAAAAUCCUUAGGAGCCGAUCCUAAUUUUUUUAAUUAAUUGCACUCAGUGGUGAUGAAACAUUUCAAGGCUUUUCCAGAAUCCCUAAAAAAAAAAAAAGGGAGUAUUUUCAAUUAAAGUCUGAAGUUUACACUUGGCUCUGUUGAGAGCAGAGAUUCCCCUCCUAAAUUAUUGAUAUUCCAUAGGAAAAAUUCCCAUUUCAUCAAUCCCUACCUUUUCCAGCUAUUUUACCUCCAAGGAGCUAUUGUCGAAUAUUUAUUUUUAAAUUAUUUUUUACAUUUUAAUUUAAGUAUUUUUGGUGUCGCUUUCAAAUCCGACACUUCCAGUGCAAUAUUUUUAAACAGUGAAGCUUCACAUCCUUGGAUUCCCUGGGAAUUUUUUCCAUUUUUUUGGAAUCCAGCCUAAUUUUGGGAGAAAAAGACACCGAGCCGUGUCGAGGGUGUUGUUUGCAAGGUUUGUAUUUCUUCUGCUUAGUUAGGACUGGAGUAAAAUUUAUUCCAAGUUUUUCCUGGCAUGCACUUUAUUGGAAAAUCCAGUGUUAAUUCCGUAUCCAUCAAUUAUUUCCUGGGAAUAAAAUCCUCUUGGAGUUUCUCCUGUUGUUUCCCGCCCCCAGAUUGCUGCUGGUUUACCGGGAGAGGAAAAGGAAGCUCCUGCACCUCAUUUUGCCAUGGAUUUCCAAGUGGAUUUCGCACCAAAUCCGUGUUUGUUGAGGCUGGCAUGGGAUCUGGAAGUGGGAUGAGUCCAACCCAGAAUUCCCAAAAGGAAAUCUUUUGGAUUUGAGCGGGGUUUGGGUGUUCUUUGUGCCAUAUUUUUUAUUGUCGUGGGGUUUUAGCGCCGACUCCGUAUUUUGUGGGUUGCGUUGAGUCCAACAUAUCCCAAAAAACUUGGAAUAUUCCUUGGGAAACCCAUCCUGGAGCUGUACAUUGGCUGAAUUCCAUGUGCCAGAAGGAUUUUCCACCUGUAAUUCCUUCUUAUUAAAUCUCUUGGAAUUGUGA